AUGGAAAUUUUUUAUGAUCCCGAUGACAUGUUGUAUGUAUUUGAAUCGCUAUACAAUGACAUUCUCGAUGAUCACUCGCCUCUGAAGUAUGCUCAUGUACGCGGUAAUCAAGUUUCCUACAUGAACAAUCAAUGGUGCGCUGCCAUACGCCAAAGAAAUUGCCUCUGGCGAGGUUUUGAAAGAGAGAGAACUGAUACAAAUUAUGACUUGUAUAAGGCCCAGAGAAAUAAAUGUACAUCACUUCGACGGAAAGCGAUAAACAGGUAGAUCGGGACGAUUCCAGAACCCGGCAGAUUUUUGGAGAACGGAUCGUCCAUUUCUUCACUCUAGGAGCGCUCACCAAACAAACGACAUUAUCCUUAAAGAAGAUGAUACCUUUAUCAACGAGAAGAAAGUUCUUGCAGAGCUCUUUAAUGGCUAUUUCGUUAACAUUUUGGGAGAUGCUGGUGAAACAGCUAUAAAAAUGGAUCAUAAAGCACUACAGAAUGGAGACAGAAAGAAAGAAACUUUUAGAUUUGAGCCGGUAAACUCCUCUUAGGUGGAAAAGCUACUAUCUUCCAUGUGGACAUAUGUUACAUCCGAGGCUACAUAAAAUAUCUGCUCCCGUUAUAACACUUCCAGUGUCAAGAAUAAUCAACUUCACUAUUAUCUCGUGGUAUUAUCCGGUUAGGUGGAAUAUGGGCCAGGUAACACCUCUUUUCAAAGAAGGGGAUGAUGAAUUAUCGGCCGGUGACUGCAUUACCAUUCUUAAACAACAUCUGUGAAUAAUCUUGUCAAAUCAAUUAUCGGGGUAUCAGAUAUAUUGUAUGACUUUAUAUCUGCAUAUCGAAAGAAUUAUAGCUCUGAGACCACGCUGCUACGUUUAAUAGAGGAUUGGAGGGCUAGCCUAGAUAUUAGGGUCUUUAAGAUCCGAGACGCGACGGCUGUAAGACGCGACCGGAAGUAAAUUUUCAAAGAGGAGACAUGUUGCGCAUGCUCACGCCGUCGUCCUGGUGUCACCACGUCGCGUCGAGAACGUGGGUUUUGCGAGUUUGACCUUCUGUACAAAACGUGAGUAUAUUUGUUCCUGUGCUUAAAUUAAAUGAUGAUAUAUUCCUCUAAAUAUGUACAAUCAGCACUCUACGAUCAUUGGACGUAAUUUCUGGCGACCUUUUAGAUCGCAGAGACGAAAGGAUUUUGAUUAUUUUAAAAUUUCUUUCAGGUGUACGAAGCUUAUAAAAUGGCAGCGCCUUCGACUCAACUUCGAGCAAGGCUUGCAAGUAAGUCACGAGCUAAAACUGCAAAUAGUGAAUGCAGGAGUCUUCUGGAUACUCUUCUCGUCUCUUGUACCGUUGCAAUUCUUGAUUUAUUGCGUUCAUCUGCCGCUAAAGGCCAAUUUUAAGCCUGUAGUAUUUAAUUUAAUUUUAUUAAACUGCGUGUGUUUUUAUGCUUCCCUUUAGUUCAGUUAUGUUUUGGACACAUUAUAUGAUCAUGAAGCCAUUCUGUGCAGAGAAGUCGUCAAUGUAAAUCCCUACACAAUUAAGAAAGGGUCAACACAAAGAAGCAGUAUGUGGGAAAAAAUGCACUGUGCCGAAAUUCAGGGUUGAUAAGCGAUCAGUCCGAGACCACGUGGGAAUCCUUGUUUACAAGCAUAAGAAGAAACUUCUAACGGAGGGAAAAGCAACUGGGAUAACUCCCGAUGAGCCAACGGAACUAGAAAACCUAUUGGAUGUGAUCAUCGCGUUGGAGUAAAGUGGCGAAGCGGAAUUACAGAAAACACAGGGAACAGCUAGCAAAAAACGUCAAUACGAUCGGGCUAAAGCGGAAGAUGUUAGACUAAAAGUGAUGGAGAAGCUGUCAGAGACGAAGAAAAGAGGUUCAUGAGCGGAUGAAAGCGAUGACAAACCGAAGCGUCAACGAAGAAGUGGAGGUGACAGAUGCUAUCGAACAAAGCACAAACAAAGCAUUUCUUGGACUUUCUUAAAUGAUGCCAUGGCUAUUUCGGCGAAAGAAUUGCCGAAGAAUCACACUGAUAAAGAGCGGUUUGCAGCCACGUCGUCUUGCAUCGCGGCGGAGAUCUUAACUUUACUUUUCGCGCGCAAACGACGGCGUUCUAGUUCCAGUCCUUAAUUAGCCACCGCGUUCUAGAAGUCGUCGCGUUCCAGAUCUUAAAGUCCCUUUUAAGGAAGUUGUUGCUGUUGUAUGGCUGGAUCUGUCCAAAGCAUUCGAUUAUGUACCUCAUGGUUUGCUACUGGCUACGCUGAAGGCACACUUAGUAACCGAACCUGGCAUUUCACUGAUGCGGAAUUAUCGAACUGGAAGGUCACAAAGAGUAAAAGUUGGCGACAAUGUUUCUACUUGGAUGGCAGUUAAAAAGGGGUUCCUCUGAGGUCAGUCUCAAUGUUUUUAUGAAUGAUCUUUUCUACUUUGAGGACGGAGUAACUUGUAAUGCUUACGCUGACGAUGAACAGAUUUAUGAUUCGGAUAAAGAUCACUGACCACUGGUUUGGUAUGAAUGGUAUGAUAUCAAACCCAUACAAAUAUCAAGCAAUGGUGUUGGGAAAUGCUAGUCACGCUUUUAGUUUUCAUGCCAAGAGCAUUAAAAUUCCUGCAUUGAUCUCCUAGAAGUAAACAUUCAUAGGAAUCCGCAGUUUAACAGCCAUUGGAAGAAUAUUUGUACUAAGGUUAAUAAUUAGAUUAAUGUAAUAUCCCGGUUCGAAAAAUAGUACCACCGGCAGUUAAAUGUAAAAUCUACAAGGCUUUUAUAGUACCAUUCUUUAGAUACUGUUCGGCGGUUUGGCACUUUUGUGUGGCUCGAAAUCGAGAAAAACUAGAGAAACUUAAAAAAAGGGCGCUUAAGACAGUUCUUAACGAGAAGUCUCUGGACUACUAGGGCCUCUUACAUUAGAUUAAUUGUAGCAAUUUAAAUAGGACAAGGUGCCAAGAUAUGUUAAUCAAAGCUUUCAACACUGUUCAUCGUGACGCGAUGCCAAGAUAUCUAGGUGGAUUGUAUCAAGCAAGAGCUACGGCACACGAUCUGCGAGGAACAAUCAAACUUACUGUUCCCGGCGUUAAAACAACAACUCACGGCUUACAGGCAUUUAGGUACGCAUCUACAACACUGUGGAAUUGACUCCCUGAGGCCCUGAGGUCUACGACAUGACUUAGGGAGUUCAAAUUAAAAUUGCGACAAAUUUCGUUUGAACAAAUAAAAUAAUACAAGUAAUAGGUAGUUAAAUUCUUUUCGUAUAGUGCUAUAUUUCCUUUAUACAUAUUUUUUUAGGAUAAUGAUUACUUUAAUUUAAUAUCUUUUUCUUUUAUCUCGGAGACAUUAGCUUUAAGAAAUACACUGUAAAUGUGAGGAAAAAUAAAGGUGAUGUAUGCUGUGUGAUGUAUGUAGCAGCCAGGUUAUGGAAUUCAUUUCCAGAUGAUCGUAGAACAGUUUCAACUCACAAAUCUUUCACAAACAAUAUAAUACAACUAUAUAUGCGCCUCGCCGAUCUCUGAAGUGGAGAGUAUAGUUGUAGUAUGGAGUAUAGGUAUUGGAUAGGUGUUCAUACUAUACCCGGUUAGCUUUCGUGUCGGCACGAAAAGCUAACCUGUAUAGUGUCAACAUAGCCAAGCAAUCUGGUAUAUUGUGAACAUAGCCUAUGUCUAGCUUAUGUCUAGAAGAUGUUGUACUUUUUCAUAGCCGGUUAUAAUAUUGCUUUUUUAAUUGUCCCAGGAUAGCAAGUUUAUUUUAAACACGCGGAAAUUUCUAGUCCCCAUUGCAGAUGAGUGGUGUUCUAUGGUGAAAUAGGGGGACGAAAUCUUCGAAUGUUGUCGAUUUUUUUUGUUAAAACGUGUUUGCGUUACUAGCUUUUAAAGGAAGCUUGGAAGAAUAUCGACGUUGGAAAUUUGAGGCCUGGAUCUACUGCCAGGCAAGACGUGUGCAACUACUUAGGUCUCGGUGAUAUUUUUUAUAACUUUACCCUACCUUAUCCUACAAAGGUUGCAAAAAAAAUUAAAUAGUAUAAAAGUAGCAGAAGAAUCGGUGGCGAGUGACUAUUUUUCUGGUAGCCUUUUUUAACGCACUGUUUCCGCUUUGUAAUGGAUACAUGGAAGCCUAUAAAUGUAACCUAGUGCUUGUACAUUACAGAAAGACUUACAUGAUAAAGACAUUUAGGAAAUUGAAAUAUUACAGCACAGAUUCUCCACAGUUCAAAAUCGGUGCUCUGAGUAAUUGUUAAAGUGGUGAAUUUCUGCUUAGCUCCAUGCACUUCUUCAUCAGUAAGUUUAUUUGAUUCCGACGCAUUAUGCUUCCGGCUCUGUCACCCUCUUCUAUCAGUCCACCUCCCUCCCCAAAUAAACUGCAGGUCAAGUUACACCAUAAACUUAUAAGGGGUUGAAACGUUUAACUCGCAUUCAAUGCUUUUGAACAUUCAGUUUUUCUAGUACUAUAUUUGGAAAUCUCGCUGCGGCCCAAAAAAAGCAAUAGGUUCAACAACUAUUCGCGCCAGUCCCUUGCAACGCGAGUAUAAAUAAGAGCUCCGCAUCUCAUUUCUGCCCAAUUCACGUAAGAAUCCUUUGGCUGUUGGCAGCCGUAAAUUGUUUGUCUCUCCCUUUCACGUUUGCCUCCUUAUGCGGCCGCCCCUCUCUUUUCCCUCCCACCCUUCUUUGUCCUUUCCACCUCCAACUCACUCAAGCACUGUUCCAUUUCUCCGUCUCUUAUUCAACGAGCGUGAAAGGGAUUGUCGCGAAUAGUAGGCAACUUUGCACGUGCAUCAUGCUGUUUUGUAUUUUUUUGCCAUCACUGCACGACUACGACAUGAAAGUGGCCUAUUGUGGAGGGCGAAAACCCAAUGCAGCGACUUUCUUUUUUUUUUUUUCCUGAACUUCGAUAGAGUGUUUAGACAAACUGAACGAGAUGAAAUAAGCGCGAUCAAGUUUGAAGCAGCGCGAACUGAAACACUUUUACGUGACGACUUUGUAGCUGUCGCCUUCACCCUCAGGUUCCCUCUCGAGAACGUGAGUUAAAAUUACGUCACGUCUUUUACGAAGUUUGGCGAGUUAUCUUUUCCUCUCGUUCCGGGGACUUCAGUUCUAUCUUUGUAGUGAAUCGCAAUGUUUGCCCCCUGGCGAUUCCAGAAUCCUCCGCGUUUAACGUGAGUCUUCCAAUUAGUGGAAAAUCAUUCAUUGCUAUUUGAGAUACCAAACGCUUGACUCCAUAGUUUCAACAGAAAAUAGCUACGUUCUCGUUCCCAGAGUAAAAAUCCCUGGAAACAUUCGGCGGCUAACAAAAGCAAUUGGGAUAGAACUGCAGUCCCUGUAACCCGAGCCGUCUAAUAACCUCUGGCGUCCUUGUUUGUUGCUUGUUUUAUUGCAAUAAAUCUAAUUGUAGUUAAUUUUUAUAAAAUCACAAUUUUAUACGAAUGAAGUCACCACUGAUUUGGUGUUAAGUGGAGGCUAAUAUUUGUGGUUGUGCUUUUUUCGCUGUGCUUUAAUUUUAUUAGGAUGAGAGGUGUGGAAGCGGAACAGGCAAAUUGAAAGGAAGGCAAUUCUUUGUGUGUAGGAGAAAUUUUGCUACAUUUGUUGAUAUAGAAACUGUUAUACUAGAGAAAGACUUUGAUCAAGAUCCUGAGAAAGAUACAACAUCACCAGCUGGACUAUUGAGGCCAAGGUCAAUGGAUUAUGAUCCUGGUAGACUUUCAGGUAGGAUAAGUUUUAAAAAAACUCCAUACUCUUUUUGUAAAAACGGUUUGUUGGUUUGAAUCCUCAUCACGCUGCAAAUUUUACUUCAAGGAUUUCCUACUUUGUCGCCUUAAAUUAAUUAAUUUCCAUGUCUUAUAUUUAGAAACAAACAAUAGUCAUGCCCAAAAUGCAAUUCAGGAAGCCAUCAAUUGUUGCCUGUUUGAUUUUUGGGGGCUCCAAACGAUUUGAGUUGAAUAUCAUAUUAUUUGAACAAGAUAUACGUCUUAUUAACCAAACGCCAGAACCGUCCUGGGAGAAUAUCGGCCUCAGUAGGGCUUAAUUGAAAGUGCAAACCGAUGCGCGGUGCGCAGCUUAGCUCGUACAAAAGUGGCAAAGGGCCUAUAUUUUCCUAGUACGGUCCCGAGCGAGUAUAGGUAAUAGAAGAGAAUUAUCGCAUGACUUUAAAAUCAUUUUAAUAAGAUAUUUUUACACGUUAGCAAUUCAUCAAGACAGUAAACUGAGUGUCGCAAAUGUAAAUUUAAGUAUAUUUAUCUACUGAUUCAUUCAAAAUAUUUCGCCUUUUCUGAUUGGUUCAAAGCCCCCAGGCACCUAAUUCUUCAAAGCCAACCAGUGCUUACCAAAUUUGCACAAUAUGAGCAAUGUACUGUGGAUUCUACGGUACAGUGGAACCUCUAUUAAGUGGACACCUUUGGGACCUUCCCAAGAGUCCGCUUAAUAGAGGGUGUUCGCGUAAUAAAGGUUUGUGGAAAUUGCGCAAUGUUUGUUAACAAUUUACAUUCACUGGGUUACUCUGUCCUGUGCACAGUAAUUUUUAAAGAGUUAUAAUAACUCCUCUAGUGGGGCUAAUUUAACUCCUUACAGUGGAGUUAUUUUUGGGGGAGACAUUAUAACUCCAAAAAGGAUUUUAAAGAACUCUUUUUCAGGAGUAAAAGUGACCCCAGAUAUUGAGGAGUUAAAAUAACCCCAAAAAGGAGUUAUCCUGUACCUAAAAGUUUUACUCCACUUUCAGAGUUAAAUUAACUCCAAAAAGAGUAAAAACAACCCAUGUAAGGAAUAAAAAUAACCCCAUUUCGGAGUUAUUUUAACUCUAGACUGGGAGUAGAAAGAACUCUUUUCCAGGAGUAAAAAUGACCCCAGAUUCGGAGUUAAAUUAGGAGUUAAUAAGUAACCCCCAAAAAAGGGUUAUCCUGUACCUAAAAUUUUUACUCCAUUUUUGGAGUUAUAAUAACUCCCUAAUAACUCCCUAAAAAUUACGGUGUGAUAUAUAAGGUUCCUUGUUGUUAUGUAAGCUAUCCAGAGUCCAAGUUCAUUACCUUUCAUUACCAACUUUAAUUUGUUCGUAAAUGCAAAAACAUUAACCGACUACAAUGCGUAUUUCAAGGACGUAAUCCGUACGACGUAGUAGUCAAUACUACUAUUUUAAAUUCAGUCUGGUGUCCGUUUAAUAGAGGCUUUUAACAAUAGAAAUUAGCCAAAUACGAUUGAUUUUAGUGUCCGCGUCCGCUAAAUAGAGAUGUCCGCUGAAUAGGGGUUCCUUGUAAAAGGAAAUAUAAGACGCUUACUUCGGGACCCAGCUUAGCGUCAGCUUAAUUGGGGGUCCUCGUAAUAGAGGUCACUCACUGGAUAUUUGUAUGAAGUGUGAAAGGUCUUCGUCGCCCUGCUUUGGUCGCGUUUGUGAACGGAAGUAAGGGGUGACUUUAAGUAUAGAAUUAUUAGCAAACCUGUCGUUUUCUUUGCUAGCACAACCGAUUGGUGAAUACACAUUAAACCUGCCAAAAUCAAAUCAAAUAUCUUUCCGUUCUUCAAAAUAUGUUGCUGGAGUCACUUAAGGUCGGUACACACUAGGCGACACGUUGCAGGGACAAAUCGCUUCGUGUGUACUGGAGAAUUUUUGUGAAAAUCUUUGUCUCCGCAACAGAAUUUUGUCGCUGCAACAAGUCGCAAAAAAUCAAAUCAGACUGAAUCUGUGCGACUUGUUGCGGCGACAAAUUCUGCUGCAGCGACAAAGAUUUUCACAAAAAUUCUUCAGUACACACGAAGCGAUUUGGCGCUGCGACGUGUCGCCUCACCUUGUUCCUGCAACUAGUCGCCCGACCUGUGCACACGGAGUGAUCUUUUGCCGCGACGUGUUGCAGCAACUUGUCGCCUAGUGUGUACCGACCUUGAAAUCCUUUAGUUUUGCUUAAACGAAAUUUUGCUUUUAAAACCCUUUUUAAAUAAGUAUUUAUUUUUCAACAGUGUGGGUAGAGUUAGCAUUAGAGGCGAGAGAGCAUCUGUACAUUUGCUUGAAAAGUAGAAUAUUUCUAUUGUUUAAAUUUUCAAACACCGCGUAUUUAUCAAGUACAAAAUGCAAUCAAAUGAAGAAUGAUCCUCGCAGUUCUGAACGCAAUUUACGCUAUUGUCUCAGAAGUUUGAGAAAAAAAAAAUAGGAUUUCAACGGGGUUUGAACCCGCGACCUGGCGAUACCGGUGCGAAGAGCUAACCAACCGCAUGAGCUAUGAAAACACUGAUGUUGGGAGCUGGUCAGUUAUGUGUUCAUAUGUUGCCGCGAAAGAGAUCAAUGUGAUAGAUGUAUACGAAAUAAAUCAUAUAAGAACUGUGGAAAUGAAAUCAAAUGAAGAAUGGUCCUCGUAGUCUCCAACGUAAUUAAGCAAUUGCGUAAGAAGCCUUAAAUUUAUCGUAUACACAAAACGUAAUGUUGGACAAAUUAAUCUCCAGAGCUUGGAUAGGGCACAGAGAGGCGAAAAGGCAAGAAAAAGGACGCGGAGGAGGGGGUUAAGGUUCACCGCUUGAUCCGAACAAAAAGUCUUGGUCAUAGGCUAAAGUCAGGAUAACAGCCGGGGUUGUUAUGCAUUUUUCAAGUUUGUUCCAAUUUGUCGCCUCGAAAUCCCCACUGUUAUGACUAGCCCGAGUUCGCGCUCAAUUUGAACGUCUUGCUUGUUUUGUUUUCUGUUGUUAUCCUUUUGUAGUUUUCUGAAUCUUCACAGCAAUCCUUACGCUCUCCCAGUCAAAACUAUUUUAGAGUUUUCUGUACUAAUUGUUUUCUAUACUUUUGAUUGCAAGGCACUCCUCUCGUAUAAUUGAAUGAUUCAUUGUGUUUUUGGCUGAACCUUUACAGGGUACGACUUACGCGAAGCAAACGUACAAGCUUCAUUACCAGCAUUAAAAUUCACGAGGCAAGACUUACCAACGACUUCAAGAGAGAUACAGCAGGGUAAUGAAAAGUUACAGAGGGAAUUUAGGGAGAUACAGGAACGUGAAGAAGUGUUACAAAGGCGGUUAAGGGAAAUGCAGGAACGUGAAGAAGAAUCACGAAGGCAGUUGAGAGAGACGCAACAACGGGAAGAAAAUGCCCAAAGGCAGUUAAGGGAAGUGGAGCAACGUGAACAAAACACUCAAAGGCGGAUGCAACAACGCGAAGAAAAUUUACAAAGGCAGUUGAGGGAGAUGCAGCAAAGUGAAGAAAACUCACAAAGGGAGAUGCAACAACGGGAAGAAAAUUUACAAAGGCAGUUGAGGGAGAUGCAGCAAAGUGAAGAAAACUCACAAAGGGAGAUGCAACAACGCGAAGAAAAUUUACAAAGGCAGUUGAGGGAGAUGCAGCAAAGUGAAGAAAACUCACAAAGGGAGAUGCAACAACGCGAAGAAAAUUUACAAAGGCAGUUGAGGGAGAUGCAGCAGAGUGAAGAAAACUCACAAAGGGAGAUGCAACAACGCGAAGAAAAUUUACAAAGGCAGUUGAGGGAGAUGCAGCAAAGUGAAGAAAACUCACAAAGGGAGAUGCAACAACGCGAAGAAAAUUUACAGAGGCAGUUGAGGGAGAUGCAGCAAAGUGAAGAAAACUCACAAAGGGAGAUGCAACAACGCGAAGAACAUUUACAAUGGCAGUUGAGGGAGAUGCAGCAAAGUGGAGUAAACUCACAAAGGCUGUUAAGAGAAGUGCAGCAACGUGAGGAAAAUUUACAAAGGCAGUUGACGGAGAUGCAACAACGCGAAAAUUCCCAAGAGCAAGUUUCCUACUUAGAAAGACAGCUGAGAGAAAAAGACCAAGAAAUAAAUGAACUAGAGUUAAGUCUCUCGUUGGCUCAGCGUAGAAUAAGAGAAAAGCGACGACAGGAAACGUGUGACUGGGUCAUUUCCCGUGAUGAAAUUCUAAUGACAGAUAAUUGCCUAGGGAUUGGGGGCUGGGGAAGCGUCAAUGAAGGUACCUACUGUGGCUGUACUGUAGCAGUGAAGCAAAUCCAUGCCCUGAUUCUGUCUCCUCACAACAGGCUUUUAUUUGAAAGAGAAAUGAAUAUUGCUUCAGCUUGCCGCCAUCCCUGUCUGCUACAGUUUAUCGGCGCCACAAAUGACGAGGGAAGUCCGCUAUUUGUGACUGAGCUUAUGGAGAUGAGUCUGCGAGCUUUGUUGGAACAGCAGCAACUUUCCGAAACAGAAGUACGCGUCAUUUCUCUGGAUGUAGCUCGCGCCCUGAACUACCUUCAUCAGAAGAAACCAUCACCAAUCAUUCAUCGGGAUGUCAGCAGUGCUAAUGUGCUGCUAUGGCGACAGGGUGACCUAUGGAGAGGCAAAGUUUCAGAUUAUGGCACUGCUAAUUUCAUACAGCAGACCAUGACAGUGGCUCCUGGAGCUGCCAUUUACUGCGCGCCUGAGGCACAUACAUCAAACCAAACAGUCAAGGUUGGUCGUCAUCAUCGAUUUCAGGGCCCAGUUUUUAACAACUGUAUCACAGAUAGAGUGUGUGACUGUGACUACUGUGUGUAACCUUUUUGCUGUAGCCUGCGUUGCAGAUACUCUAAACUGCUGGCAAAAAUUAGUGCACAAUAUCAUGCUUCAAUCCCGCAGAGCCUCAAAGAUAUAUGUAGGUGUUUAUCAUUAAUUUUUUCUUACGCAGUUUGUGAUUUAUUCCGCAAUUUGUUAAAAAGUGAGUGAAUGAAUGGUGUUUGGCCUGUCAAACACCAUUCAUAGCUCGUGACGAUAGUGUGAAAGUGACCUUAAUGUUAGGUUUAACUACAGAGAGGCCCUAUUGGGUAAAGGUCCGACAAGUGACAUGGCCUUGACUUAAGGCAAAUGAAAUGGCGACAAACGACACAAGGAUGGGUUGAAUGUGUCUGAUUCGGUCCAUUUUGUUUUUCUUAAGAUAAGUGAGUCUUUCUACUGAAGCGUGAUGUCCUUAGUUCCUGUAGUUUCGCCAGCAGCGAUUAGAAGACACUGGAUGGAAAAUCAAAGAUUGUCGGGAACCAGCAUUUAACCGUCUCACAAACGUAAGAAUUGGGCCAAUCAUGAGGCGCGUAAGAAACCCGCCUAUCAGAAACGCUCACAUAUAUGCUUACGACUCUGCUGGAUAUCAGAGCGAGCUUUUGUGCUUUUAUUCGCAGACGGCCUCAGUAUACCGGUGGUUUAGAAGAUGUCUGGGCCGGUUACAACGCAGGCUCAGUGUUCUGCUGAUGUAGAGCAGUCAACUCCCUUUAUAGCGGACACUGUGGGGACCUAGAGUUAGUGUCCUCAUUAGCGAGUGUCCGUAAUAGCGGGAGUUGAUUUCAGUCAAACAUCUGUAAUUUGUUUUUGCUGGGGAUUUAGCUGCUGUCCGUAUUAUCGGGGUGUCUGUUAUAGCGGGGUGUCCGCAAGGCGAGAGUUGACUGUAUAUGCAGUAUGUAACUGAGCUAGGUAGUCCUUUUACAUUUUUGGGGUUCUUCUGACGUAAUCUUAUUUGAGCGUCAAUAUGGAAAAAUGCGGUAUCAAAGGUGUAUCAAAGCUGAUAAACUAUUGAAUUGAUCUUAUCUCAUUUUCGCCAAGAGAAUGACUGAAUAUGAGAACCUUUGUAGCAACAUCAGUUAAUAUUUUAAUUUAAAACGUGUUGGAAGUGUUUACUUUUUUCUUAUUUUCCUUUAGCUCGAUGUUCAUAGCUUUGGUGUUCUAUUGUGCGAAAUGUGCAUCCGAGAACUUCCAAAUCCUGAAAAUCGCGAAGAGCAAGUUUUGCUGAUGACGAGCCGCGUGUUGAGAGGCCUGGUACGGCGAUGCCUGCAGACAGACCCUGAAGCGAGACCAACUAUGCAGGAGAUAAUCGAUGAAUUAUCAAGGGCUGUGUAA